AUGACGACGACGACGACGCGAGCGAGCGAGGACGGCGCGCGCGACGCGCGCGUGGUGACGUAUAACGUCCUGAGCUCGCACCUCGCGGAGCCGACGUACUUCACGCACUGCGACGCGAACGACCUGAGGGCGGAGACGCGACUGCGAAGGGUGAUUGAAAAGUUGGAACCCGAAGUCGAGCGACGCGCCGUCGUGGGAUUGCAAGAGGUGAGCAUGACGUGGGCGGGACCGCUGCACGCGUACUUUGCGAAGAGGGGAUACGCGUUCAUCGUGUCGCUGUACGGGAAACCGUUUAAUAAUUACAUGGGGGUUGGAUUGGCGGUGCCGACGGACGCGUACGAGGUGGUGAAGAGCGACAUCGCGAGGCUGAGCGAUACGGCAAAGUUUCCGAGGGCGAAGAAGGAGGAGGUGAAUCUCGGACCGCUGACGCCGGUUUAUAAUUUGUUGGUGCAAACACCGGUGAAUUUGUGGCGGAAGUUGAGGGAUUACAGACCGCCGAGCGAUGAAUGGCAGACGGCGAGAGGGCGGUUCAACUCGAUUCUGUACGCCACGCUCAAGUGCAAAAAGACGAACGUGCAGUUCGGGGUAUCGACGUAUCACAUGCCUUGCAUGUUUCGCACGGCGGCUGAUCGUCGAGUGAUGGUGAUCCACGCUGGCAUCGCGGCGCAAUACGCGCUGAAUCAGUCAGAGGGAUUGCCGACGGUGUUGAUGGGCGACUUCAACUUGAAGCCGGGCGACGCCGGGCACACGUUGAUCACUACGGGCGAUCUCGACGAGUCGCACGAGGGGUAUCCGAUCAUGCCCGCCGGAUACACGGGAGAGCCAUUCAAUGUGAAGCCGCAAAAGAAGAUGGAGAGCGCGUACGUGCGCGUCAAUGGUGAGGAACCAAACUUUACGAACCACGCGCGCAUCAAGGACGACGACCCUUUCAUCGAUACGCUCGAUUACAUCUUCGUUACCGACGACGUCGAGGUUGUGGAUGUGCUCGAUUUGCCCCAUCGUGACCAAGUCAAGGGUCCGUUCCCGGCGGCGACAGAGCCGAGUGAUCACAUCAUGCUCGCAGCGACUAUUCGCGUCAAGUAG